AUGGCAAACGGUCAAGGAAAUGCGGAUGUCGCGAGGAUUAUGGAGCAAUUCCAACAAUUGUCAGAGCAGUUUCGUGCGACAUUGGAAGUCGUGACGAAUCAACAAAGGGCUUCUGCUGGUGGAGAUAGUAGAGGAGAAUCUCACCGUGUGAAUAGCUUAUCAAAUCGGACACCAAAAUUCGAAUUUAAUUUGGAGGAUGGCAGAACUUUUGAAAAAUAUUGGUCGCGUUAUGGAAACAUAUUUGAAAAAUCGGAAGCAUCAGAAGAAUCGAAAUGUCAAGUGUUGUUGGGAAAACUCGAAGACGAUGUAUAUGAUCAGUUGGCAGCUUCGGUUUCACCAAAACACCCGAGCGAGUUGGAAUUUGAUGAAAUCGUGAGUAAUUUGAAAAAGACUAUUCGAUGUUCAGCAAUCGUUGUUUCGGAAAAGAUUUGAGUGUAUGAAUCUGAAAAAAGUGAAUGAAUCACCAAUGGCCUUCACAAAUCGAGUAAAUGAAACUUGCGAAAAGGCAAAGCUCGCAGACAUCGAAAUGGAGGAUUGGAAAUGCUUUUUCUUUAUUCGCGGAUUAGAAGAAGCUGAAGAUAUUGUUAUGCGGAAUCAUUUGUUGGAUUUUAUGGAUUAUGAUAAGACUUCGGAGAAGAAGACUAUCAAGGAUUUAUAUGAAGAAUGGAUGCGCAGAUUGAGUCUCAAGGCUGACUCAGAGAAGAUAAGUAAUCCAGGUAAAGUCCAACAGAUUUCGGCACAAAAGAAUCCAAAAAAGCCGGAUAAAGGUAAACAUUCCGUUCUCCACCCCCACUCUAAUCCCCAACGAAAUUUUUCGGGACGUUAUGACCGGAGCAAAAGCAGAACACGUGUGAAACGAGAUUGGUCACAAGUCGAAUGUUGGAAUUGUGGUAUGAUGGGUCAUAUUUCAACGAAUUGUCAAAAUGCGCCAAAAGCUGAAAUUCAAUCAAUUGAACAAUGUAAUGUGGUUAAUUCGAUUCGGCAGUUUUUGGAUAUGGAGAUUAACGGCAAAUGCGUAAAUUUCCAAUUGGAUACUGGAAGUGAUUUGACAAUUAUCAAUCGAGCUGAAUGGGUGAAAUUGGGUUCACCAAAACUGAACAUGGUAUCAAACCGAGUUGUAUGUGCUAAUGGCAGUGAUUUGGAUCUGAUUGGCUGUUUCGAUUGUGAGGUUAACAUCAAAGGAGACUUGGGAAAAGGAAACAUCCACGUUCGGGAGAAUGGUGGGAACUUAUUAGGACUCGAUAUACUGUUGUCAUCCCCAAAAAUGCACGAAUUAUUACGGAGAAUGGUGAAUGUCAUUGCGAGUCAAGUUUCGGAUAUUUCGGUGGAGUUGAGUGGAAAGUAUCCUGCCGUGUUUGAGAAAGGGUUGGGAACUUGUACCAAAGAAAAAGUAUCUCUCAAAUUGUUGCCGGAAGCCGAACCAGUUUUUCGGAAAGCCAGACCUGUACCAUAUGGAUCACUUGAAGCCGCGUCAGCGGAAAUUGAACGACUAUUGAAGCUUGGUGUGAUCAAGAAAGUAUCAUAUGCAAAAUGGGCGGCUCCAGUAGUCUAUGUCAAAAAAUCGAAUGGUGCAACUCGAUUAUGUGCGGAUUUCAAAACUGGGCUGAAUGCGGUACUAGCACCAAAUGAACAUCCGCUGCCCCGACCACAAGAUAUUUUUGCCAAACUAAACGGUGGGGUAAUUUUUUCAACAAUUGAUCUGGCCGAUGCAUAUUUACAGCUUGAAUUGGAUAAGGCUUCGUCAGAAUUGUGUGUUAUCAACACUCAUCAAGGAUUGUAUGAGUAUGAGAGAUUAUCGUUUGGAUUGAAAGUGGCACCGGCGAUUUUUCAGAAUAUUAUGGACAAAAUGUUAUCAGGAUUGACUGGAUGUGCAGCGUAUUUGGACGACAUUAUAGUGAUGGGUCGUGAUGAGUUGGAACAUCGGAAGAAUUUGUUGAAGCUGUUUGAAAGGAUUGCGGAGUACGGAUUUCGUGUGAAGUUGGAAAAAUGUAGAUUCGGGCAGACAGAAAUCGAAUUUUUGGGCUUCAAGAUUGAUGCAAACGGACGAAGACCAAAUCCAGCAAAAACCGAUCCAAUCAGAAAUAUGGCGCCGCCAACCAACGUCAAAACGUUACAAUCAUUUAUGGGUAUGAUUACGUAUUAUGGUGCAUUCAUUCCAGAAAUGAAGGUCAAGAGAGGCCCGCUGGAUCGGUUGAUUCAAAAAGAUGUCGAAUGGAAUUGGGGUGACGUGGAACAUCAAGCAUUCGAAGAGCUGAAAAACACGCUGGCAUCAGAUCUAAAUUUGACACAUUAUAACCCAGACCUGCCAAUCAUUGUAGCUGCGGAUGCAUGUGAUUAUGGAAUAGGAGCGGUUAUUUCACAUCGAAUGCCCGAUGGUUCCGAGAAGCCGAUUCAUCAUGCAACAAAAUCUUUAUCGUCAGCCGAGAAGAAUUACUCGCAAAUUGAGAAAGAAGCACUGGGCUUAAUAUUUGCAGUCAAGAAGUUUCAUCAAUAUUUGUUUGGCCGUCAGUUCUUGUUACGCACCGACCACAAGCCACUCCUAGCUAUUUUUUCUGAAAAUAGGAACCUUCCAGUUUACUCUCAAAAUCGGUUGUUACGGUGGGCUACUAUUUUGUUGGGCUACAAUUUCCAGAUAGAGUAUGUCCAAACCACCAAAUUUGGUCAAGCGGAUGCAUUGUCAAGAAUGAUCCAACAGUUUCCGACCGAGGAAGAAGAUCGAGUCAUUGCGAGCAUUGAGGAGACAAACUCGGAAAUGAAUGUAGUGAAUGAAUGUAUCCGGAAGUUACCAUUAUUAGCACACGAAAUUGCUAACGCGUCUAAAAAUGAUGAGAACAUCUCAAUCAUAAUGGAACAACUGAUUCAUGGGAAAUGGCCAAAAUCGAAAGAUAUGGAACCGGAAAUGAGACUGUAUUACAAUAAAGUGGAACAAUUAUCGAUUUUGGAAGGAUGUUUGCUUGUUUCCAAUCGGGUAGUUAUUCCGUCAGUGUUGAGAAGUCGAGUGAUCAAGGAACUCCACGAAAAUCAUCCUGGUAUUGAAAGGAUGAAAAGAUUGUCAAGGACUUGUGUAUAUUGGCCGGGACUAGAUAAGGACAUUAUUAGUUAUGUGAAUGGUUGCCGAAAUUGUCAGGAAAAUCGGAAAACCACACCAAAAGCGCCACUGGAACCUUGGCCAACGCCAGAUCAGCCAUGGCAGCGUAUUCAUAUCGAUUACGCUGGGCCUGAAUUUGGUUAUUAUUAUUUAGUUGUUGUUGAUGCCAAAACUAAAUGGCCUGAAGUUAAGUUGACUAAAUCUAUUUCAGCUAGUUCCACCGUAAGUUUACUAAGUUCCAUUUUUGCAAGGAAUGGAAUUCCGGAAACCAUUGUGUCAGACAAUGGAACCCAGUUCACAUCCAAAUUGUUUGCGGAUUUUUGUGCGGAAAAUGGAGUUGAGCACAUCCGAACCCCACCUUUCCACCCACAAUCAAAUGGACAAGCCGAGAGAUUUGUGGACACGUUGAAGAGAGGACUAAGAAAGCUGAGGGGGGAGGAGAAGGUGUCACAAGAAGUCUUGGAUAAAUUUUUGCUGAGUUAUCGUGCGACACCUGGAGUUGAUGGGUUAUCGCCAGCGGAGAAAUUGAUGGGAAGAAAAAUUCGGACCAGGUUGGACUUGUUGCAUCCAACCAAGAGUAAGUCGGGUGGCCGAAAUUUUGACAAAAUUAAUAUGAAGAGGCUUUUUGAUAAAAAGAAUGGAGUCAGGGAGAAAGUGAUUAAAGUUGGUGAUACGGUUUUCAUCAAGAAGUAUCAUCAAAAUGGGUUUAAGUGGGAGAAGGCGGUGGUGGAAAAAUUGCUUGGUCGAGUGAUAUGUCUAGUGAGACAUAACGGAUUAUUGAGGAAAGUUCAUUUUAAUCAAUUAUUUUUGGAUCAGAGUAUAACCAGAGAAUCUUCAGAUUCAAAUUUAUGGUUGGAAAAGAUCUCUGAUAUUUUUGCAUUGCCAAUAAAAAAUUCCGAAAUUUCAGUUCCUCGUCGUCCUUCUGUUAACCAUUUUGGAAACACCACUUCUGUCAGCAUCUCUGGAAACAACCCAUCCAGUUCUGAAAUUGUCCAAAGUCCCAUGCCAACCACCCUGUCCUCGUCAAAAAGUUCACCGUCUUCGUCAAAUUGUCCAGUAGCUGUUGAAAAUGUUCCCGCAAGUUUGAAUGAAAAUUGUUUGAGACCCAGUAAGAUCCCCCUCCCAUGUUUUUUUCCCCGAUCUAGUGCUAGGGCUGAUUCUCCCAAACUAUCUGAACCCAAACACGGUGUAAAUUCAAACUCAAACCCAAGGUCAAUUCUCAAAAAUUCCCCACAAAAUUCUACGCCGAACCCACCCGCCGGCAGUCAUCAACGUCGUGGAAGAUCUAUGGUCAAAUCUGAAGCUGUCCGCCGUUCAACUCGAAUCCGCCGACCAGUCGUGCGUUUUGACCCUUGUGCCAUGUGAAUGCGUUACACCAUGUACUCUUCAAUCGCUCUUAAAUUAUUAUGUGUCGCUGUUCCAACUUCAUCUCAACCAAUCUCCUUAUAUCGUCACCCACGUUAUCAUCAUCAUUAUUUUUAUUGCGAAGGCUACACUUACGGGGGAGGUGUUAGAAUGGUUAAAAAAAUAAACAAUAAAAGAGGAAAAAGAAUUGACCUUUUUCUCUUUAUUAAAUAAUAAUUGCACGUGAACGUGUGACGUGGUUUGGGAGACAGCACACAACCGCCCAUCUUUGUUUUGAUGUUUUUGUUUUGUGUGUGUCGUUGCGCGUUUUUUAGAAGUGAGAUUUUUGUGUGUUUAUUUCUAGCGGUUGUUUUAGGUAAUCAAAGGGUCAAAUUACUAGGUUUUUUUUGUCUUGCGUUUUAAAGUAUUGUGGUUGUCUUUUAUUCUAAUAUUAUUUUUCUCAAUAAAUUUAUAAUUAAAAGACUGCGCUUCACAACAAUGUGAAUUACCCCUUUUUUUCUCUCUCCCUUUGAUCUCACUAUUUUUAUGUGCCGGUUAAUUUAUAACAUUCUAAAUAAAAAUUCAAUUCAAAUUGAUGCUGAAAAUCUUUGAGAAACUCGAGCUUUUCAAUUUCUGAUAAUUUUUAUGGAGAGUAAUUCAACUAAAUAUUUUGAUUUUUUCAACGAAAAUCACAAUUUCUGUUUUUGUUGAAUUUUUUUAAAUUAUUAAUUUUUCAAAAGUCAUGAAAAAUGAUAUCUAAAAGUUUUGAAUCACAAAAUUUUUUUUUGAUGUCUGAAAAAGUGCCACAUAGACUUUGCCCGUCAAAAUUUGUUUGGCUCAAAAUAUUUUCCACAAUUUUUAUACAACAAAACGCAGUAAGACCACUCUCUAACUUGUAAGGUUCUCAAAACUUAUUCUAGAAAUUUUGAAACAGUGAAUUUUUAAUAUUUUUUGUGCUCUAAUCUCACCUGUUAGUUUUGUCCCCCCCCCCCGAAACCUCAAAAUAAACUAACUUGUCUGGCCCGUUCCGUGAGAAGUUGUUGAUAUCUGUGAAUGUUUUGUCCAAACGAAACAUCUUCUUUUUCGGAAGCCUGAAACUUCUACAUUCUGUUUCUCAAAAUUUUCGCCUAUUCUUAAACUCACAUUAGAAAAUAACAAAUGUGGAAUUGAUGGGACUUCUGCAUUCUGUGAUGGUUGUCUCUAAAAAAAUAAGAAACACUUUCUGCACUGAAAAAAACCACUCAAAAACCAGAAAAAAAAACAUAAAAAUGUCGUGGGGAAAAAAAUAAAAGCGAAACAACGAUACUCCGCGUGCGCGUUGUUUAGCGUGUUUUUUUGUGCAGGGCAGACGAGAGAGUGUGGAAAAUGGGGAGAGGGUUAGAGAGAGAGAGAGAUAGAUAUGUAUUUUUUAUUUGAAAAGAAAUUAUUGAUUGAACGUUUUUUUUUUGCUUUUUUUCUGGUUUUUGAGUGGUUUUUUUCAGUGCAGAAAGUGUUUCUUAUUUUUUAGAGACAACCAUCACAGAAUGCAGCGUUCCCAUCAAAUCCACAAUUGUCAUUUUCUGAUGUAAGUUUAAGAAUAGGCGAAAAUUUUGAGAAAAUGAAUGUAGAAGUUUCAGGCUUCCGAAAAAGAAGAUGUUUCGUUUGGACAGAACAUUCAAAGAUAUCAACAACUUCUCACGGAACGAGCGGCCAGUCAAGUUAGUUUAUUUUGA